AUGUCUAACACGAGGGCCCUGAGGCUCGCCUACGACCAUUUGUGCGAGGCUGAGGACAAGAUUCUCAGAGAAUUGAAGGAGCUCGAAGGCGUAGCACACACCCACCUGAAAUCCACCCAGGAAACCUUCAGCUCCUCCCCUCUGGUGGACGUCCAGGUGAAUAUCGACGGAAAACUCGACGAAAUCGCAAGUUUUGGAGACAAACUCAAGGUGGCAGCCAAUGAAAGCAACGGGGCGCUCAGAAAUCUGAGAUGUGGAAUCAAAAUCAUAGAAACGGUCACGGCGCUCUACAACUCGGCCUCCAAGAUUCUCGCAAGCUUCAAAGACGGUCCGUCAGACGAAGAUGUGAGGAGCUACAUCAACUCUGUGGAGCUUGCCAAGGCGAACGGGCACUGGGAUAACGUCUACAUGGUCAUAUCCAGGGGUCACAUUGGAGAUGUUGUCUCGUCACUGCGUAAGCUUACGCUCGAGACUCUGCGAUCCAAAGCGGCAGUCCCGGAUUCAAAGCUGCUGACAAAGUUUGCCGUAGCACUAGGAAUUGAAAAGGAAGCCUACCAAGCGCAUUUAACCUCGGCGAAAUCAGACACUGCAACCAAGAGCUCAAAGCUCUACAGCGGAACUACACUGAAAAAUGAGUGUUCAACGCUAGCCAGAGUUGUCCAUAAUGCUGAAAAAAUGUUACUGGAGCAGGCAUCCAUCGUUCGUGAAGAGCUAGGGUCAGUCUAUUACAUCGAAUUCUGUCGCGAGAUCCACAGUGAUACAUCCAGAGAAGCUGUUGCUAUACUAACAGAGUUCAUAAAGACAAACUUUGGAGAAGACUUUAACCUUGAACAAAUUCUAACCACUAUUGAACCUGACGAAACCAAGGACGAAAAACUGUUGGAUACAAUGGCAGGACUCAGCUCACUCUGGAACGAAUUUGAAGCUGCUCUAAAGGAAUCAACGAGUCCAGUUUAUGCCAAACUAUUAGUCACAUUGGGGAACGUAAGUGACGAAUUUUCAAACGAUGGACUAGUACAGCUCAGCCCAGCCACAAAACUCAUCCAAUCCAUUUUGGCAAUUUAUGUAAAACUGGAACACUCCUUCGCCACCAAAUCUGUUGAAAAUGCAAUAGCAAUAGAAGAUGCCAUUGAUUUUACUCCAGAAUAUGCUGAUUCUGCCUCUACAAGUACCAUUGUAGAUGACACAUUUUUCAUUUUGCAAAAAUCGCAACAUCGAGCCAUAGGAACAGGGGACAUACAAGCGGCGUGUGCAAUUUUAAAUCAAGUCUCCUCAAUCAUAUCGAGUGAACUAAAGGAAGCACUAUUCCGAAACCUGCUGGAAAGUCAAUCUAUUUACGAAAUCUGGGUCCAAGAUAUUGAAAGCAUGUCCAGCGAUUCGUGGUACACUGUGCUAGAAGACCACUUUAAAAGAUCCAAAAUUAACACCCCAGAGACCAUUAGUUCCAAAUACAGCUUUACACAUUGUUUGAGCAAUAUAGAAGAGAGUUUGAAUCUCUUGAUAAAGUUCAAGAAGGAAGUGUGCGAGUGUUUUAACGUUGCAUUUUUAAAUGACGGUAAAGACACAAAUCUUGUGGUAGAAAAUACCGUACAAGCACUAGAUUUAGUCAAGGGAGAACUCGAACAGUUGCAGAAUGACGCCUGCAAUUGCGCACUAAAUAUCCUCAAGGAAAAUAUGACUGAGCCACUAAAUGUAUUCUCCAGAAUAGACUUUGAUAUAAAUGAAGAAACAUAUACGGAAUACCAGGACGAUGAGCCAUUCCUCAGUGAACUUGUCACUGUUUUGCACGCAACCUUCACUCACAUUGAAAGAUACUAUUCACCACAAAUUGGAUCCAAGUGCAUAAAUAACCUCAUUGAAAGGAUAUGCAAAUAUUUGGAAACGACCACUCUGAACAAAAAAUUUAGCAUUUAUGGAGCAGUCUAUUUCGACGAGACAAUUCGAUCCCUCAUGUCUACAUGUUCAAGUCACGACCAAAAGAUACGCAAACGGUUUGCAAAUUUACUCCAAAUAAGUGAUGUUUUGAAUGUCUCGAGCAUCGAUGAGGUGCAGGUCUUCAAGGAUAGCGGAGACUAUUCAAUUGAUGUAGAUAAAUACGUUUCACUAAGGGUAGAUUUGGCUACAGAUGAUGAAGAAAGUAUGUAA